AUGCCUUUUGCACACCCUACCGAUUUUCCUCUCUCCGUGGAUGAGCAAGCUUGGGCAUCACCUACAGCGCUGGCCAAUCUGCAUCGAGCCCAGGUCCGCUGGCAAAAGAGUCUUGCAAGACUGCAUGGCCAAUUUAAUACUGCUUCUGUUUGCGCAUCACUUGUCUGCUCCUCAUAUUCGGAUACUCCUUACACGGUUUCACGCGUCUCUAAUAUUUCCGUACCGGAAAUGCCAGUGGCUGAAGAUAUAUCCAUUCCUCCCCAAGUGGAGUCAAGUCCUGUUGAAUGGAUUAUCGACGUAUCUCAAUUACACAUUUGUGACCUCUUUGUAUUCCGUAUGGCUGUUCAACACUUUUAA